ACAGAGCUAACGUGUGGAACCUUACAUCAAUUCUACUAAAAUUGAAUUAACCUGAUUUUUAAAAUUUAAAUGUUAGUGAAAAAAAUAGGAGUGCAUAAACUACUUGGAGGUGUUUACGAGCAUUGCAUAACACAACACAGCUCAAUCAUCGCACCGACGUGAAGCUUUGCUAUCCUGGUACCUGACAGUCCUGAUCGUAUCAAACUGUGAGCACAAAAAUUUAUAUUUCGCCUGCGUAACGAAGACUGUGAAACCGGUAUCUGUAUGACGUGUGCCAAGACUCCAACCCAAACUCAUCAACGCGACGCUCCUGCUGUCCUGGUACCUGGUCGUCCUGAUUGGAUCGAAUUGUGAGCAGAAAUCUCUAUUUUGGGCAACUCCUGACGCGGAAAUGUGACGCGACACCGUGACGUACGCAGAUACUCACCAAGACCACGCACCAAGCGCACCAUUAGACGCCGCGUUUCUGCUAUCCUGGUACCCGGCCGUCUUGGCUGCAUAAAACUGUUAUUUUUCGGAGUAUGCGUUCGCGCAAGAUGCGAACGCGCCUCGGUCUCUUCUGUUGCUGACGUCAUCAAGAGACAAUUGUCAUGGAUCCCAGAAUCUUCGUUCUACUGGCGGUAGCCAGCCACUUGUGUGGCGUUACAUCCGCUGAUGGCCCAGUCUAUGGCGGAGGUCAACCCGCCGCACCCGAAUCACCACAAGCUCCAGCGGGCAACAUGAUUACACAAACAGUCUACGGUUUCUUGGACUUCACCACCACCAUCGGAAAUACCGUGAUGGUCUUUUCGCCCCAGUCUGCACCUGCGCCAGAACCACCGACAACGGAGAAGCCAGUGCAAGAAAACAUAAUUGAAACAAAGCCGCCGCCUCCUUCUGUGUCCAGCGUGAAGCCUGAAGCUAUCAAACCGAGUAAAUUGUCUGAUAAAGACAAAACCAACAAACCAGCCGUUACCGCUUCUAGCUCCAUGUCCCCACCGAAAAAAGACGAGAAAGCCUCCAAUGUACCAAAAUCAACUGCAAAAGAACAAAAACAAAUCAUCACAAAAGUUGAAGUUGUUGCUGGCCCCUCAAAAAUUGUAGAAUCGCCGAAAGUAUCUCCGAAAGUAAACAAACAAAGCUCUCAAAAUAAAAAACCGAAAACAGAAAUCAAAAGUAUUACAAAUGUGGUAGCGAGUAAGGUGGAAGUGAAACAAGGUCCGCCAGCAUCUGUUAUUCAUUCCAAGGUAGAAAUCAAGUCGAGCCAGCCUGAUGAAGAGCCUGCCAUCUUGAUUACUAACAAUAACAUCGGUGAACCGGAAUACGAUUUCCUCCAACGCCAACCGUCCGAAUUUGUCGAAGAAACUUACAAGGUUAUUAACAUACGACCUUCUAAGGCGAAUGGUCAGAAGCCGAAACACAAGAACAGGGUACAUCCUCCGUCUCCGCCUCCGGAUGAUGAAGACCAUCCCCUUGGCCUAGUUACUACACUCGGAGGUACUAUAGUCAAAGACGGACUUACAACUGUCCAUGAAACCAGUGUCAUCGGAACCUUUAUCUCUGGCAAAUAUGCACAAGUAUUAAACAGCAACUCAAAAGUACUGCCAGCUGGCGGUCAUAGACCUAAAAUUUCGCCAAGUCCCACACAUAGAAUUCUAAAAACCGCCGCACCAGCUGUAGCAAAGAAUCAUAGACACAAUUUGGAGCCAACUCCAUCAAUAGGGGAUGAUGACAGUGGUUUUAGUAAAACCACAAGAAGACCAGCUGGCAGCUCUUUUAAAAAUCGACACAGACCACAAAGUAACUCCGAUAACGAAGCCCAUGAAAACGCUCCACCUCCGCAAACCAAAAAGUUCAAGAAUAGAAAUUCUUCACAAAGGACUCAAAGUACACGGUUUGGUCGUCCUGCACAUACACCUCAACUGGCUACCGUCUCUGUUUUCAGUGAAUCCACCACGCCAUCGUUUUCGAACAGAAGAAAGAGCAACCGUAAUUCUGGACACAAGUCAACAGUAACGCCCGUAAACAAUAACGACAGCCAAUCACGACGAGGGUUCAAGCCCCGAGUUCAAGCUACCCCUGUCGAAGCUACUCCAGCGUCUUCGACUAGUGUAUAUAAAUUUAAGCUCAAUCGUGCACCUGGCUCUGGUCGUUGGCAAUAUAAAACUAGCCCAAAGCCUAAAGUGACGAUCAGAAAAAUGAAAGACGAUGAUGAAUCGACGACACCGAACUCGAACCCGCUUCUAGAUGACCCACAGUCUAACGAACUUUCCCCUCAAGCGAGAUCCGAUAAUGAUCUGGAAUUGCAAGGUUCACAGAGUGGUCCUGGCGCGCUUCUAGAAAAUGACACCGACGAUAACUCAAUAGAGAAACCUCCUCCUGUCGAAACCCUCAAAGUUGAAAUCUCGACUCCUGCCGAUUUUAAAGAUGUUUACUACGAAAUUGCUACCAUCAAGUCUCCUUACACUUUCCAGGUUGGACGUGUGAAAAAUACUCGUAUUAUUACAGUUACCUCUACGAUAGAAAAACGUAUUGAACCUACUAUCGUACCCAGCGCGCAAAGUUCUCUCAACGAACCGUUGACAGAAAACAUCUUAGCGACCGCAUCCCCUUAUGGCAAAGACCAUAAUUUAGAUUCCAGUAUUGCUACACUACCCGCGAUAACACUAUCAUCCGAUAUGGAAACACCUCCUCUGGAAACAAUAACAGAAACAUUCAGUACAACUCAAAACAUGUUAAAAACACAUAUUCUGCCGAUCGUCCGAGACGUUAAUGUAACCAGCAGCCUCACAUUCAUCCAAACUUAUCAAAUCACCAGAUUCGUAACUGCUACUAAAACGCUACCACCCAUGGACUUCUUCCAGUUCAUACCAAGUAAGACGUUGAAAGAAUUUAACAGCCGUCUUGACGAAGCUGGCUCAGAACUGCACUUAGAAUUGGACUUUGGAGACAGCAACGAAGACGAAGAUGGAGUUCCCCGCCGCGUGUUCCCUCCGGACCUAGACCUUGCUAACGUCGGUUCAGAAUUUGACCUCACUGAAGUUGAUAAAUAUAGGAUGCCCGAAAACCAUCUAAGACUGAAAAAAGCUCACGGUCAAACCAAGGGUAAUCAAGUGACGGAAGCGCCCAAUGUACCUACACCGGCUUUGACUCCUGAACAAGCGCAACAGUUGGCUCUGCUAAGAUUGCUCAACCCAGCUGCGGCUGCUCAAAUACCAAACGUGGUCACAACUUCCAAACCUAUUCUAAAAUACGAGACUGUAUACGAAUCUCACGUGAUCCCGUACUUCGACGGCAAGAAUACAGUUCAUAGUACUAUUUCGAGGCCUGUCGCAACUGUUACGAAGACGGAGUAUGAAAUAGGCACCAGCAGCUUGCCUGCGUUGCCGCUGAACCCGAUCAACCCUCUGUUCCCACCGCAGUUCACAGUCACUUCCACCCCGGUAGUUAUGAAUACUGAAGUCACUGCGACUGACAGUCAGAUUCUGAAACUAACUUUCGGAGCUAAGACGGUGUACACGACAUUGUUCACAACUAAAGUGGUGCCGACCGUGCUGACGUCAUACGUCACCUCGUCCAUCCCGGUGCAGCCAAGCGCAGGUUUCCCCGGAUACUUCCCAGCGCCAUUCGCUCCCUUCCCUUACGUAGGUUAAAAAGUAUGUGAGAAAUUGUGUAGCAGAACUUGUGUAGUGAGUGUAAAACGCUAGUGUUGGUGAUUACGAUAAUGUGAAAGUUUUGUUGUAGAAACGAGAAACUUUUAAAACGGGAAUGCGUUGCUGCUGCGCGCGAUAAACUAUGUAGCGAGUGAGUGAGCAGUGAGACCGCGGCAGAACGUUGCGAUUUAUAGCCUUUGUGCGAGAACACGAAAACUAUAAAGUUAUAUAUUCUUGUACCUAAAGUUUUUGAGCUCGUAGCAGCCAUGCGUGGUACGACCACGGAUAUGUUGUGUUCCAACGAAAAGUAGCUUAGAUCCUUGUACUGUUGCUUUGUAAAUAUUGUAAUUUAUAUCGCGAACCAUUUUGUACAUAAUCAUACAAUGUAACUAAAUAAAUGUUAGAUAAAAAUAAUUAUAAAAUUGUGACAUAAAUAACACGGAUUUAGUUUUAAAUAAAGUGGAUCUAUCAAUAACGUAGCUAGACAAAAGUAAUAUAAAAUAAAAAGGCUUAGGUAAAUUUUACACAUAAAAUGUGAUAUAUUUUGUAAAUAUUUAAGGUCAUAUUUUUGUACCAUCUGAAAUUAUAUUUGUAAUAAGAUAAAUAAAGAUAUAAUGUGUAUCUUAGUAAUGUAUACAGUUUUAUAACUUUUGUACCUACAACUGAUAGAUUUAGUAUUAAAGCAUUAAAAGUAAUUCAUUGGUGGUGAUUCAUUUUUAUUAUUAGAAACUUAUAUUAAUCACGACAUGAAAAGGUACUAAAAAGGAAAAGGUAAGGUUAUAAUAAUAAUAUUAUUAGUCCAGUGAUGAAAAUAUCAUCAACUAAUUAUUUAAUGACUGUCAAUUUAACGCGGCACGCCUUCAUAUAAUCACGUUAGGUAAUAUGGCAUUGUCCCUUAUUCCUAGCCUUUAUUUUCUUUCAACAUCACUGAAAUUUUAAUUGUGCGUGCGUGUACGAAACAAUUUUAUUGAUGAAAUUUAUGUGCUAGAGCAAUAUCGUCCAUUAUUUUCAUAGAAGAUAGGUGGCAGAUUCAUUACCUAACUAAAUAGAGUACUUAGAUUAAAUUAUUCUCCUCAUAAAUCACUUCGUCUGAAAUUUUAUAUCUUAAUUUUUGUUUGAGCCGUGGUGCCCCAGAUGGAAGAACGCUUGAUACUCACUGUAAGGUCGCAGGUUUGAAUCGAGCACGGACCUAAACCUAUGAUUUACGAAAUCGUUUUUCGAAUACAUGUUUGGAUCAUAAAUGAUUAUCACGUGCUCAACGGUGAGGGAAAACAUCGUGAGGAAACCAACAUACCCGAGAAAUGCGUUACGGAGGAAUGUGACCUAACCUAUAUUGGGCUGGUUUACCCUUAGCGGGCAGUCACUUUUCUAAAAACUUGACCUGUCAAAUCUUCAGGUUAGAUAAGCGGACUCUGUGAAAACAGGAUAACGCUAGG